CCUUCAAUUUUAUAUAAAAAAUAAUUUGUUUUCGUUUUUCUGUUUCUGUUUUUCUCCCUUUUGUUCUUCUGUUUCGUUAAAAUAACAACAGAAAAGAAAAAAAGAUCGAGAGAAAAUUUCACUUUGAAAAAGAAAAAUACUACAGAGAGAUACUUUGGAAAAAUUUUGACAACAAAGAAACAAAGAAAGAAAGAGUGAAAAAAGAAAACCCCUGUUUCUGAAAACAAGAUGGCGGGGACUAAAGAUUCUAGCUGGGACGAUAUAAAAAACGAAGGCAUCGAUCUCGAGAAAAUACCGAUCGAGGAGGUGCUUACGCAGCUCAGAUGUACAAGGGAAGGACUGACCAGCGACGAAGGCCAAACUCGGCUCGAAAUCUUCGGUCCUAACAAGCUCGAAGAGAAAAAGGAAAGCAAGGUUUUGAAGUUCUUAGGGUUUAUGUGGAACCCUCUCUCAUGGGUCAUGGAGCUGGCUGCUAUUAUGGCUAUCGCCUUGGCCAACGGAGGAGGAAGGCCACCGGAUUGGCAAGAUUUCGUGGGUAUCACGGUUCUUCUAAUCAUCAACUCUACCAUAAGCUUCAUUGAAGAAAACAAUGCCGGAAACGCCGCAGCCGCUUUGAUGGCCGGUCUAGCACCCAAAACCAAGCUUCUGAGAGAUGGGAAGUGGAGCGAGCAAGAGGCAGCUAUAUUGGUGCCCGGAGACAUUAUCAGUAUCAAGUUGGGUGACAUUAUUCCAGCAGAUGGUCGUCUCUUGGAUGGUGAUCCUCUCAAGGUUGAUCAAUCUGCUCUCACUGGUGAGUCUUUACCAGUAACCAAGAACCCCGGCCAAGAAGUUUACUCAGGCUCCACCUGCAAACAAGGAGAGAUUGAAGCUGUUGUCAUCGCUACCGGUGUUCAUACUUUCUUCGGCAAAGCUGCUCAUCUUGUAGACAGCACUAACCAAGAAGGCCAUUUCCAGAAAGUGUUGACUGCGAUUGGUAACUUCUGCAUCUGCUCCAUCGCUAUAGGUAUGAUCAUCGAGAUCGUUGUGAUGUAUCCUAUUCAGCACCGUGCGUAUAGAGACGGAAUCGACAACCUUCUGGUGCUUCUCAUCGGAGGAAUCCCGAUUGCAAUGCCGACUGUGUUGUCUGUCACCAUGGCCAUUGGAUCUCACCGUCUCUCCCAACAAGGAGCUAUCACAAAGAGAAUGACAGCAAUUGAAGAAAUGGCUGGAAUGGAUGUUUUGUGCAGUGACAAGACUGGAACUCUUACACUCAACAAGCUUACUGUUGACAAGAGCAUGGUUGAGGUUUUUGUCAAAGACUUGGACAAGGAUCAGCUUCUUGUGAAUGCAGCAAGAGCCUCUAGAGUUGAAAAUCAAGAUGCUAUUGAUGCUUGCAUUGUAGGAAUGCUUGGAGAUCCCAGAGAAGCAAGAGAAGGCAUCACUGAAGUUCAUUUCUUUCCUUUUAACCCUGUGGAUAAGCGCACUGCUAUCACUUACAUUGAUGCUAAUGGAAACUGGCACCGUGUCAGCAAAGGCGCGCCAGAGCAAAUCAUUGAACUCUGUAACCUUCGGGAGGAUGCAAGUAAGAGAGCUCAUGACAUCAUUGACAAGUUUGCUGACAGAGGACUUCGUUCCCUUGCUGUUGGUAGACAGACUGUGUCUGAGAAAGACAAGAACAGCCCUGGAGAGCCAUGGCAGUUUCUUGGUCUGUUACCUCUCUUUGACCCUCCAAGACAUGACAGUGCAGAGACAAUCAGGCGUGCCCUUGACCUUGGAGUUAAUGUCAAGAUGAUCACUGGUGACCAGCUCGCCAUUGGUAAGGAAACUGGUCGUAGGCUCGGUAUGGGCACAAACAUGUAUCCAUCUUCUGCUCUACUUGGACAAGAUAAGGAUGAAUCUAUAGCUAGCCUUCCUGUUGAUGAACUCAUCGAGAAGGCUGAUGGAUUCGCCGGUGUCUUCCCUGAACACAAGUAUGAGAUUGUGAAGAGGCUCCAGGAGAUGAAGCACAUUUGUGGCAUGACUGGUGAUGGAGUAAACGAUGCCCCGGCUCUCAAGAGAGCUGACAUUGGAAUAGCUGUUGCUGAUGCGACUGAUGCAGCAAGAAGUGCAUCAGACAUUGUCCUAACCGAGCCAGGGCUCAGUGUCAUAGUUAGUGCUGUCCUAACGAGCAGAGCCAUCUUUCAGAGAAUGAAGAACUACACUAUCUAUGCAGUUUCAAUCACAAUCCGUAUAGUGAUGGGCUUUAUGCUUCUUGCACUCAUAUGGAAGUUUGACUUCUCACCAUUCAUGGUCUUGAUCGUUGCUAUCCUUAAUGAUGGUACUAUCAUGACGAUAUCAAAGGACAGAGUAAAGCCUUCUCCACUUCCUGAUUCAUGGAAACUCAAAGAGAUAUUUGCCACCGGCGUUGUUCUUGGCACUUACCUAGCAGUCAUGACUGUAGUUUUCUUCUGGGCUGCAGAGAGCACUGACUUCUUCUCUGCAAAGUUUGGAGUGAGAUCUAUCAGCGGUAAUCCGCACGAGCUAACAGCAGCUGUUUACCUCCAAGUUAGUAUCGUGAGCCAAGCGCUUAUCUUUGUAACAAGAUCGCGAAGCUGGUCAUAUGUUGAACGUCCUGGCUUGUGGUUGAUCUUUGCCUUUUUCGUAGCUCAGCUGAUUGCUACUUUGAUUGCGGUAUACGCAAACUGGAAUUUUGCAAGAAUCAGAGGUAUUGGGUGGGGAUGGGCAGGAGUUAUCUGGCUCUAUAGUAUAGUCUUCUACAUCCCAUUGGAUCUCCUCAAGUUCAUCAUCCGAUAUUCACUGAGUGGAAGAGCCUGGGAUAAUGUCAUUGAGAACAAGACCGCUUUCACGUCAAAGAAAGACUAUGGAAAGGGAGAGAGAGAAGCACAAUGGGCACAUGCUCAACGGACACUUCACGGAUUGCAGCCAGCUCAAACCUCAGAUAUGUUCAACGACAAGAGCACUUACAGAGAACUUUCAGAGAUAGCAGAUCAAGCCAAGAGACGAGCUGAAGUUGCAAGGUUAAGGGAACGUCAUACCUUGAAAGGUCACGUGGAAUCAGUAGUGAAGCAGAAGGGACUAGACAUUGAGGCUAUCCAGCAACACUAUACCCUGUGAUUUCAGAAACAAGUGUUUCUCAGUUUAGUUUUAGAACCACAAGAGUAUUGAAUAAAUAACCACCUUCAUAAUUAGAGAAUGCUGCAAAAAGGAAAUUUGUUUCUUUUGUUAGCAGUGGAUGUGGCUUUCUUUUCUUUUUUUGAAAUAUUCUUGUUUUUGCCCUUUUUACAAGAGUAAUAAGAUCUUACAAUUACU